AUGAAAAUCUAUAUAUAUUCGAGUGAGAAUGUAGCUGCUGAGGAGAUCAUUAUCACAAUGUCAAGUGAGGAAGAUUUGUCAGAUUUGAAGAGCAGCAUCUUGCAGAAGCUUGGGGUUUUUGGGAGCAAGUUUGUGAAGAAGAUCUUCUACAAGAUUCCCAUCGCUGUAGUUUCCAGCGGUGUGAUGUAUGAUACAUUCGUGUUAGCGGCUGACGAAGAUAUUAGGGUUCUGUUUCAUUGUGUAAGGAGUUUUCCUGAGGUCAGAAUACACGAGUUGUAUGCGAAGUUGGAGGUAACUCUGGAUAGUUCUGGGGAAUCGGCUCCUGUUCAUAGCUCGACUGCCGCAGGCGGUGCGUCUUGCUCGGUGCCAGCGAUUCGGCCAUCUGUUCCGCAGGUUGCCUCACCUUCCUUUGCGGCUGAUCUGGUACCAACGGUGGCAGGUCGUGCCACAGAUGAUGAACGUCAAGGAUUCGGGGAACCUGAUCAAGUAGAGAAUGCAAUGCGGGAUGAUGACUCUGACCAGGAGCCUGUAAAUAUCUUUGGGGACAGCGAUGAUGACAUCGGUGCUAAUCCACAUGCACAACAAGGUCCUUCAAGUUUCGGCAUACAGCAUUACCCUCCACACUUCUCGACGCUAAACUUGGAGCCUCUGGGUGAACACUCGGCGGGAAUUGCUACAGUUGGUGGAUUGUCAACCGAAUUUCAGAUUGGGCAAUCCUUCCAGAGUAAAGAUGAAGCUGUUCUUAGUGUGAAGGACUAUAGCAUCCGUCGAGGUGUUGAGUACCGAGUGUUGGAAUCGGACCAUUUGAAGUAUCAUGGAAAGUGCAAGGAUUUCGGCAAAAGUUGUAGUUGGCUGAUUCGGAUUUCGCUCCGUGCACGGAAGGGCACUUGGGAGGUUAGGAGGUACAACGGUCCCCACACUUGCUUAGCUACAUCUAUUUCCAGUGAUCACCGUCAGCUUGAUUACCACGUUAUCUGUGCGAGGAUUUUUCCGUUGGUUAGUGCGGAUGCUGCAGUACCGAUCAAGGUGUUGCAACAAGCAACUGAAGCUGAUUACGGCUUCAAGCCCAGUUACCGGAAGGUUUGGAAAGCAAAACAGAAGGCAGUUGCACAAAUAUAUGGAGAUUGGGAAGAGUCUUAUGCCGAGUUGCCACGUUGGAUGCUAGAAGUGGAGUUGACGAUGCUCGGGACAGUUACUGUGUUGCAGACGUCUCCUGUUAGAGUUGUGGACCGAUUGAUGAGUCAACAGUGUACUUUCAUCGUCUGUUCUGGACAUUUCCACCUUGCGUUGAGGCCUUCCAACAUUGCAAGCCGCUUGUGA